CACCGCGUCUUCGAACCCCCUCCUCUUCCUCUAAACUGAGCGAGACCCUGUCACGUGACGGGGACCGGGCCGGUUCGGAGCCUCGCGGCUCCUGUUGUGUUUGGGGCGGGGGAGAGCGGCCGGGCACGGCGCGAGCGAGGAACUUUUCAGAUAAACAAUGAAGCUAGAAAACUGACGUAUCUGCAGUCAACCCAUUGUUCAACGCAGUAAGCUUCUGAGUCUAAGGGAACAAGCGGAUUCAUUUGAAUCUAAGGCUGUUAUCCUGAAGAGGCAAAGGGACUGAUUGCAUUUACCUUUCACUAGAAGUGGAAUGAAGGAACAGACAAUGGGAAUACACUCAAGAUAACACUCCUGGAAGGUGUCUAAUGGCUCUCUUGUUUUGAGUUGAUUUAUAUCUGCAUAUUUGAUGGUUUUCACGUACGAAGGAUUUAUUUUUCUUUUGGAUAUACUCAGAAUACAAAAUUGUUCCUUGUUGGAAACUUUCUGCUUUUGAAAACUGUACAUCAUGGGAGACAUGGCCAACAACUCGGUAGCAUAUAGUGGCGUAAAAUACACUAUAAAAGAUUCUAAUCAUGGAGAUUUUGGUAUUACACUUGGAGAGCUUCGUACCCUUAUGGAACUGCGAGCUGCCGAUGCUUUGCAUAAAAUAGAAGAAUGCUAUGGAGAUGUAUAUGGAAUCUGCACAAGAUUGAAAACUUCUCCAAAUGAAGGCUUAAGUGGAAAUCCAGCAGAUAUAGAGAGGAGAGCAGCUGUGUUUGGGAAGAAUUUUAUACCUCCUAAAAAGCCAAAAACAUUUCUUCAGUUAGUAUGGGAAGCACUACAGGAUGUUACAUUAAUAAUUUUAGAAAUUGCAGCCAUAAUAUCAUUGGGCCUUUCUUUUUACCAACCUCCAGGAGGGAACGAAGCAUCAUGUGGAACAGUAUCAGUUGGAGAAGAAGAAGAAGAAGGUGAAACAGGAUGGAUUGAAGGAGCUGCAAUCCUCCUCUCUGUUGUUUGUGUGGUAUUAGUGACAGCUUUUAAUGACUGGAGUAAAGAGAAGCAGUUUAGGGGACUGCAAAGCCGCAUUGAACAAGAACAGAAGUUUACUGUCAUCAGGGGUGGCCAAAUCAUCCAGAUACCUAUAGCUGACAUAGUUGUUGGUGACAUUGCACAAGUAAAAUAUGGUGAUCUGUUACCAGCUGAUGGUGUACUUAUACAAGGAAAUGAUCUCAAAAUUGAUGAAAGCUCGCUCACUGGAGAAUCUGAUCUUGUUAAGAAAAUGUUGGAUCGAGACCUUAUGUUGCUCUCAGGUACACAUGUUAUGGAAGGUUCUGGAAGAAUGGUAGUUACUGCUGUAGGAGUAAACUCACAAACUGGAAUUAUCUUUACUUUACUUGGUGCUGGAGGGGAUGAUGAAGAAGAAAAAAAGGAAAAAGAGAAAAAGGACAAGAAAAGUAAAAAACAAGAUGGUGCUAUUGAAAAUCGUAACAAAGCAAAAGCUCAGGAUGGUGCAGCCAUGGAAAUGCAACCUUUGAAGAGUGAAGAUGGUAUAGAUGGAGAUGACAAAAAGAGAAAUAAUAUGCCUAAGAAAGAGAAAUCAGUUCUUCAGGGAAAACUCACAAAGCUAGCAGUUCAGAUUGGCAAAGCAGGGUUGCUGAUGUCUGCAGUCACAGUCAUCAUUCUUGUAUUAUAUUUUGUAAUUGAUACCUUCUGGGUCCAGAAACGUCCUUGGCUUGGAAAAUGUACACCAAUAUAUAUACAGUAUUUUGUGAAAUUUUUCAUCAUUGGUGUAACUGUUCUGGUUGUGGCUGUUCCAGAGGGUCUUCCACUUGCAGUAACUAUCUCACUGGCUUACUCUGUAAAGAAAAUGAUGAAAGAUAACAACUUGGUCAGACAUCUGGAUGCUUGUGAAACAAUGGGAAAUGCAACAGCCAUUUGCUCAGAUAAAACAGGAACACUGACAAUGAACAGAAUGACAGUGGUCCAAGCAUAUAUCAGUGAAAAGCACUAUAAAAAAAUACCAGAGGUGCAAGCUAUUCCUGAUAAAACCUUAUCAUAUCUUGUAACAGGAAUCUCUGUUAAUUCUGCUUAUACUUCCAAAAUCUUGCCUCCUGAAAAGGAAGGUGGCCUUCCUCGCCAUGUUGGUAAUAAAACUGAAUGUGCCUUGCUGGGAUUACUUCUGGAUUUGAAACGAGAUUACCAGGAUGUUAGAAAUGAAAUACCAGAAGAGGCACUCUAUAAAGUCUACACCUUCAACUCUGUUAGAAAAUCUAUGAGCACCGUGUUAAAGAACUCUGAUGGCAGUUUCCGGAUCUUCAGCAAGGGUGCUUCAGAGAUAGUACUUAAAAAGUGUUUCAAGAUACUAAGCGCUAAUGGUGAACCAAAAGUAUUCAGACCAAGAGACCGUGAUGAUAUUGUAAAAACUGUUAUAGAACCUAUGGCAUCAGAGGGACUCAGAACUAUAUGUCUAGCAUUCAGAGACUUCCCAGCUGGAGAACCUGAACCAGAAUGGGAUAAUGAAAAUGAUAUUGUCACUGGUCUUACAUGCAUUGCUGUUGUAGGCAUUGAAGAUCCUGUGAGACCUGAGGUACCAGAUGCAAUUAAGAAAUGCCAGCGCGCUGGUAUAACUGUCCGUAUGGUUACUGGUGAUAAUAUUAACACUGCUCGUGCUAUUGCUUUAAAAUGUGGUAUUUUGCAUCCUGGUGAAGAUUUCUUAUGCCUAGAAGGCAAGGAAUUCAAUAGACGAAUACGUAAUGAAAAAGGAGAGAUAGAACAGGAGCGAAUAGAUAAAAUUUGGCCAAAACUUCGGGUACUUGCAAGAUCUUCCCCCACUGACAAACACACGCUGGUGAAAGGAAUAAUAGAUAGCACAGUUUCGGAACAAAGGCAGGUCGUAGCAGUGACUGGUGAUGGUACCAAUGAUGGCCCAGCAUUGAAAAAAGCAGAUGUUGGCUUUGCUAUGGGUAUUGCUGGAACUGAUGUAGCUAAAGAAGCUUCUGAUAUUAUUCUUACAGAUGACAACUUCACAAGCAUUGUUAAAGCAGUUAUGUGGGGCCGAAAUGUGUAUGACAGUAUCUCCAAAUUCCUUCAGUUCCAGCUUACUGUUAAUGUAGUAGCUGUAAUUGUUGCUUUCACAGGAGCAUGUAUUACACAAGACUCUCCACUUAAAGCUGUUCAGAUGUUAUGGGUAAAUCUCAUAAUGGACACACUGGCUUCACUUGCUUUGGCAACAGAACCCCCCACAGAAGCACUUUUGCUGAGAAAACCUUAUGGCAGAAAUAAACCUCUCAUCUCACGGACCAUGAUGAAGAAUAUUCUGGGUCAUGCUUUCUAUCAGCUUGUGGUUGUCUUUACACUGUUGUUUGCUGGUGAAAAAAUCUUUGAUAUUGAUAGUGGAAGAAACGCACCUCUUCAUGCUCCUCCUUCAGAGCACUACACAAUUGUGUUUAAUACAUUUGUGAUGAUGCAACUAUUUAAUGAAAUAAAUGCCCGAAAAAUUCAUGGUGAAAGAAAUGUGUUUGAAGGAAUUUUCAAUAAUGCUAUAUUCUGUACUAUAGUUCUUGGAACAUUUAUUGUUCAGAUAGUUAUUGUACAGUUUGGUGGGAAGCCUUUCAGUUGCUCUGAGCUUACAGUAGAACAGUGGUUAUGGUCAAUUUUUCUAGGAAUGGGAACACUUCUUUGGGGCCAGUUGAUAUCAACAGUUCCAACCAGUCAUUUGAAAUUCCUUAAAGAAGCUGGCCAUGGAACACAAAAGGAAGAGAUUCCAGAAGAAGAGUUAGCAGAAGAUGUGGAAGAAAUUGAUCAUGCUGAAAGAGAGCUACGGCGUGGUCAGAUCUUAUGGUUUAGAGGUCUAAACAGGAUACAAACACAGAUGGAUGUAGUGAAUGCUUUCCAGAGUGGAACUUCCAUUCAGGGGGCUCUAAGGCGGCAACCUUCCAUCGCCAGCCAGCAUCAUGAUGUAACAAAUAUUUCUACCCCUACACAUAUCCGAGUGGUGAAUGCAUUUCGUAGUUCCUUAUAUGAAGGAUUGCAGAAACCUGAGACACGAAGUUCAAUCCACAAUUUUAUGACUCAUCCAGAGUUUAGAAUAGAAGAUUCUGAAACUCAUAUUCCACUUAUUGAUGAUACUGAUGCUGAAGAUGAUGCUCCAACAAAACGCAACUCAACUCCUCUUCCACCAUCUCCCAACAAAAAUAACAAUGCGGUUAAUAGUGGAAUUCAUCUUACGACAGACUUGAGUAAGUCUGCUACCUCUUCAUACCCAGGGAGCCCACUGCAUAGUUUGGAAACAUCGCUCUGAUUGUAUGCUGAAUGUUAACACAUUAGCUGCAUUGUAAAGAAACACACAAACUGGGUUUUCUCCCUCAUUAUGAUGGACAAGAUGGUAUUCUUGUCUUGGACUUCAACAAGAAGAUAAAAUUGUACGAAUGUAGAUUUAUUUUUUUAAAAAAAAGCUUUCUGCCAGACUUCAGGGUGCUUUUCUGGGUGAGGGGGGAAGGGGAAGUAAUAAUGAACUCUGACAGAUAAACAGUAACUUGCUUAAGUGUCCUGUGGAUCAGUAGCUGUACUUAAGGAUCGCCCAUAAGAAUGUCUUACCAGAACUUAUGUUCUCAAUUCCUUUGACGAGAGGGCUGGAUUGGGCAGGAGAGCCCAGGAUCACCAAAUUUAAAACUUUCAUUUCUGCUGUUGGCUGUUAAUAAUUUGAAUUAUUUAUGUUUAUAAAUAAUGCAGAUCUGUUUACAAGGUUUGUAGAUACUUUUUUGUUCCUGUUCAGAGAUGGGAAGUUUCCUUAUAAAUGAUGUAGAAAAAAUUAGGCCAUCAAAUACUGCUGUAUUUUCAGGAAAGGGUGUUUCUAUUGAAACUGUACUAAAAUUUUGCCUGCAACUUACUUUGUUAAAUAUUGUAGAUAAAAUUGCUACUAAUAAUAGCCAAAUAAGUAACACUAAUGCUUUGUAAAAACAUGAGCAAUGGUGUUCUAAUGAAGUUAUGGCCUCUGUCCUAAUUAGUUUCUUAAACAUUUACUACUUAAUGGUUUUGAAACAAUUGUAAAAAUUUUAAAAAUUUAGAAACUUGCUGAACAUGUUCAGAAUUUAAUAGAGGAUUGUUUAACACAGGACAUGUGAUGGAACUUGCUUGAAAUACUUUUGUUAUCUCAGGCAAAAUGGAUUAAAUCAAAAUACAUCAGAACCUUAGUCCUUUUUGUUUUUGUCUAGAAACAGUAGCUUGGUGAACUGUGAGUGGAACUGUUUAUUUUUCUGAUCUAAAUAUCUUUAUAGCAUGAAGGCUAUUGGUAUUUGGAAAGUUAUGAAUAGUUACCAUACACUGUUUUGAAAUUCAUUUAAAAUAAAUCACCCUUUUUGAUAAAAUGCAGUAAUGGUUUUUACAGGAUUCAGCAUCUUUACAAAUACUAGGUUUUGGUGGCUUCACUAAAUGCUAAAGAAAAAAGACUGUGGACUGUUUCUGAUUUUAUGCGGAAAAGGUGCUCUGGAAUAUGAAUACAACAUGGAAGUAUGAAUACAACAUCUAUCUGUAACACUUUAAAGCUGCCAUGCAAUCCUAGGGACAAAAAAGAGUUGUAGACAGAUUUUGUUUGCUCCUGCAUGUUCCAAAACCCCUAUUCCUAAUCAGAUCUGAAGCAUUGCACAGUCCUAAAAACAUGCGGUUACUGUUCUUAUUCACAAAAGAGUGAAACAUAGAAAUAAAUCAGAAUAGAAACUUUUUCCACUCUAAAAGAAAAUAUGAAUAAAAGAAUAUGUUCUCCUAUAUGCCUAUCUUUGACAAUUUGUUUUUUUUAAUCAGUAAUUGAAAAUUUCCUCUUUGCAUUUAUCAUCAGUGUCUAGCGUUUUUGCUUUCUGAUGAUUUUGGAUAUAUUUUCCUUUUGCCAAUAGAGCCUAACAGAGUAAGGAUAAAUAGCUUAUUGAAAAUAUUUGGCAAGUAAGGAGAAACAGGAUCCUCCGUGCUAAUGUCCCUCUUCUGGGGGGAGAUGGGUGGUGGCAAAAUUUGAAAAAUAAAUAAAUAAUGUCUUAUAUUUUCUCAAUCAUGACAGAAUAAAUUUCUACUCUUCAGAAUGAUCUACUCAUAAAAUCUUUAACUUGUAUUGUCUGGAAGCUGAGCUAACAAAGGAAGAAAAGAAUGCAUCUAAAAUUUAGUAUAUAGAAUUUAAUCAUCUCAAGAAUGUGACAGUCACAUCUGUGAGCAUUAGCUUGUCUUCUGGGGAAGUAAUCUGAAUCACAUGUAACAUUACAGCUAGAUUUUAUAAUACAAAUUUCAAGUAAAAUAUGCAGGUAUUUGAUAAUGGAUUAAUUGUCUCUUCAUCAGACAGCGUAUCUAUCCAUAAAGUUUUGCAUACUGUAUCCCAGUAUCAACCACUCUCUUUCUAGUUGGUUCAUCCUUAAUCCUAUUUAGGUCACACUUUAUAUAUCAGUUAUUCCUAGAUUCUUAUUUUGUAAGUGGAUAAGAAGUAUGGUUUGGAAAGGUAGUAUUUAUGUAAGUGGGAGAAUAAUGUGACUGCAACACAUGUUGAAGAAUGAGAUGUAACUCUCCAAACUAUCUCAGCUGUGUGUGAUUUAUUAUAAUAUUUGCUAUUUUUUAACUUGCUAUUUGGAAAUAUUUUAUUUUCUUUUAAUGGUAAUCAUCAUUACAUUAUAAUGUCCAAACUCUAGUGUGAAUUCUAUGGGUCAGACCUCAAGGAGAAAUUUAAUUUACUCACAAAUUAACUUUUUCAAUCCUGUUGACUGCAGUACACUGAAUCUUAAUAGUAAGUGUAAAAUAAUGCCAUGGAUAUUUGUUCUAUAAUUUUACUACUAUGAAAGCAACAUACCUUAACAUCAUUAGUUAUUAAAGUAGUCAUUACUGCUUUUCAGUUACUGACCCCAUAUUGCCUCUUCUGGUUGUAAGGCUUGCUUCAUUUGCUUGAUGUAACUUAAAUAAAUAAAUAUGCUGUUUAUCUGUC